AUGCCUCGUUUAUCCAUCCUCGCGGGAUCUUUUGUCCUUCUUGCCUUUUCUGGUGUCAAUGCCGGACCUUGCCGUCCCUCAUCAUCCACCGUCACCACAAGUCUCGAGACGACCGCCGCCCCAACCGAAGUCGAGACUACAGGGACUGCCAGCAAUACUGCCGAUCUUACCACCACCACCACUGCCGAGACUACAACAGCAGCCGUCAGCAAAUGUACCGCGGCCCCUCUUCCAGAGAAUCCCCGUGCCUGUAAAAACAUCCCGAACCCACACAUGGCACCCAAUUGUGUCAGCUUCAACAUCGCGUGCGACACCAUGCUUGACUUCUAUUUUGGCGAGAAAUAUCUCAGUGCUUCGAGUUUCGAGGAGUGCGUAUCCAAGUGUGCACAGGAUGUUGAGUGUAGUGGUGUACAGUACACCAAGGCAGGCUCGGUCUGCAUGAGCGUUGCAGACUCUUUGGGCUCUAAUGGUAACACUCCCGCCUACGAUGUUGCAUACAAGCGGGGAGAGUAG